AUGCCCAAACUCGUACGCAAGGGCCAGCGCAUCCUCCACGAGCGCACCCUCGCCCGUCAGCAUGGCGCAGGCGCAGGGCCCUACCGCUCAGCCCUCCAGCGAGACGCCACCAACGGCGAGGAUCACGCCCAACGUCCCCUCUUCCUCGGCCGCGACUCGCUCGCACCUGGCGACGACGACGACGACGAUGAUGAUGACGACGACAGCCCCCAGGAGGAUCCCACCUUGCUGCCCUCGGACAAGAGGAGAAGAGAAGCCAGCAAGCGUACAGCAGCCGCCGUAGCAGGGUCUCGAAGGCGAGCUGCCGCACAGCAGAUCGACCAGCGGGCCAAGCAAACAUCAGGCACGCCCUUGGCCUCCAGACAAGCCCAGUCGGCCUCAAGCGCCGCCACCAUCAACGUCAAGCCGGAGCCCGAAAUCAUCGAGAUAAAGUCCGAGUCUGAAGCAGAAACUCCCAACAUCGCCAAGGCAGAACACGACGACAGCGACGACGACGUGCAGAUCAUCGACCCGCCCCAACGAGCCGCCGAGCCAGGCCCUUCCACGCCACCCCCGCCACCCGCAAAGAAGAGGCGCCGCACUGCAGCCAGUCGCACUCCCGCUCGCAGCGCCACUGCAGCAGCCAGCUCAGUCGCUCCAGCCGACAGCGACCAGGCUGCUGUGUCAGCCUCUGCCACCCCGGCACCGCCACCGGCCGAGAAGCCCGCACUGAAACGCGAUGCACCGUGGCCCGAGCACUUCCUCCGCCUCGAGCAGACCUUCAAGGCGGUCAACACCGUCUACUCGUUCUGCUCGGCCCGCAAGCACAUGGUCACCACCUUUGACACCAUCAAGAGCAGCGUCGAGGGUCUCACAAAGCGGCCCCUCGAGAUCUUUGACAUGGCCCAGAUAAAGAGCCUCUGCGGCGACCUUGUCAACUUUGCCUACGUCGAGACCGACAUGCUCGAAGUGCACAUGGACGCCCGCGGCAACGCCGGCGAGCAGACGCCUGCGACCAAAAAGAAGACGUGGCGGGGCAGCAGGAUCGACCAGGCCUACGAGCGCGCCGCCGAGGCUGUUGCCGGCGAGGAAGCCGUAGCAGCUGCGCUCGGCGUGGGCGGCAGCGCAAGCGGAAGCCGAGGCGAGGACGAUAGGAGCGCCGCCGUUACCGACGACGCCGGAUCCUCCGCGCCCUCGAGCGCGACUGUCACGAUGCCGUCUGGCGCUUCAGCGGUCGCCGAUUCUGGAGGCGGCUUCCAGGACGUGGCCCCCGAGGGCGACGUGUACGCUUCCGGGCCGAGUCCGGCAUUCCUCCCGCCCGCCGACUUUGAAAUCGCCAAACAGACCAGUCACCGCAACGGGCGGGUCAGUGGCAAUGGCAAGGCCAAGGCGCAGGACCCGUACGUCCUCCUCUUCGAGUUCAACGAUGGCACACUGUCGACGGCCAAGGCCACCAACCGCAGCCGACCGGGCAUGCGAAAGGGACCCAGCCGCGAAGAGGGUGGCUAUCAAAAAUUCAAGCGCAACCCCAAGCUGUAUUCGAUGCCCUCGACCAACUCGAUGAUGAAGCUGAUCGGCAAGCGCAACUUCAAAUUUGAGCAGGCGGUGCUAGAGCUGCUGGCCGCGUGCGCCGCCAAGGACGAGGAUCCCGUGCAGCUGCUGGUCGAUGCCGCCCACGACCACGUACCUCUGAACCCGGAGACGGCCGAGCGCACUACCGGCGACACACCGCAAAAGAGGCGGAUCCGGCUCGAGUUCCUGAUGCAGAACCCGGACCAGCGCGCCAGCAUCGCCGAAAUCAUCGAAGAGAUGCAGCUCGCACCCUGGUGGAAGGACCAGAUCGUUCCCGGCGGCCACAAGACGUUCGAGGCUAGGCAAGCACGCCACGCCCAGCUCCACUACCGCCUCUCGGAGGCCGUAGUCACGGCCAUGUACGCGACGCGCUCCAUUGAGGAGUUCUACACGCACCAGGCGCAGGCGCUCAACGCGCUGCGCGAGGGCAAGAACGUCAUCGUGUCGACCUCGACCUCGUCGGGCAAGUCUCUCAUCUACCAGCUGCCCGUGCUCCAGGCGCUCGAGCAAGACGCCGAGUCGACGGCCAUGUACAUCUUCCCUACCAAGGCUCUGGCGCAGGAUCAGCGGCGCUCCCUGCAGGACUUUCUAUCCAACUGCGAGGGCCUCGAGGGCGCCGUGGUGGCCACCUACGACGGCGACACCGACCGCGAGCUGCGCAACGACAUCCGGUCGCGGGCCUCGGUCAUCUUCACCAACCCAGACAUGCUGCACCAGUCGAUCCUGCCGUCCGAGGACCUGUGGCGCCGAUUCCUGCGCAACCUCCGCUACGUCGUCGUCGACGAGCUGCACACCUACAACGGCCUGUUUGGUGCGCACGUCAGCUUCAUCAUGCGCCGGCUGCGGAGGAUCUGCAACGCGCUCGGCAACGACUCGAUCCAGUUUGUCAGCUGCAGCGCCACCGUGGCCAACCCGCGCGAGCACAUGCAGACGCUGUUUGGCGUUGAGGACGUCGAGGUCGUCACCGACGACGGCUCGCCCGCCGGCAAAAAGGAAUGGCUGCUGUGGAACCCGCCGAUGAUUGACGAGACGGAUCCGGCGCAGGGCAGGGUCAGCUCCUACGCCGAAGUCUCCAAGGUCUUCCGCCACCUCAUCCAGCGCGGCGUGCGCACCAUUGUCUUUACAAAGGUGCGCCGGACGUGCGAGAUUGUGAUGCGCCAGAUCCGCAACGACCUGCUGCUCGAGGACCGCCACGACGUCGCCGAAAAAGUCAUGUCGUAUCGCUCCGGCUACUCGCCUCAGGACCGGCGCAAGAUCGAGCAGGACAUGUUCAAGGGCCAGCUGCUCGGCAUCGUGGCCACCAGCGCGCUCGAGCUCGGCAUCGACAUCGGCAGCCUCGACGCCGUCAUCAUGCUCGGCUUCCCGUACUCGAUCUCGAGCCUGCGGCAGCAGGCGGGCCGCGCCGGGCGACGCCAGAAGGACUCUCUUGCGGUCUUGAUCGCCGACCCGUGGCCCCUCGACCAGCACUACAUGCGCUUCCCGGAGGAGGUCUUUGUCCAGCCGGACGCCGCGCUCUCGGUCGACUUGGCCAACGACUUUGUCCUCGAGUCGCACCUCCAGUGUGCGGCCGAGGAGAUGCCCAUCAGCGUCGAGGACGACACACGCUUCUUUGGCGAGCACCUCGCCACGCUCUGCAAGACGCGGCUGCAGGGCGACGGGAGCGGCUACUACUACUGCCGCGAGGAGCUUCGGCCGAACCCAUCGCGCGACGUGGCGAUCCGGGGUGCCCGCCAGGUGACGUACGCUUACGUCGACGACACGCCCGGCCGGCCGCCGCGGGUGAUGGAGGAGGUCGAGAUCGACCGCGCCAUCUUUGAGGCCUUUGAGGGCGCCGUCUUCAUGCACCAGGGCCUGUCGUACAUCUGCCGCGAGAUCAGCCACGAGACGCGGAUCGCGCGCAUGGUCCAGGUCGACGUCAACUACCACACCCGGCCGCGCGACCACACCGACACCGACGCCAUGGAGACGUACCGCAUCCGCCGGCUGCGCGGCUCGCCGCACCUGGCCUACUACGGCAAGGUGACAAUUGCGUCGUACGUGUGGGGCUACUUCAAGGUGGACCGGCGCGCCAACAUCCUCGACGCCGUCGAGGUCGACUGCCCGCCAUUUGUCCGCCACACGCAGGGCAUGUGGAUCGACGUCCCCUUUUGGAUCGUCGAGGCGCUGGUGGCGAUGCGGAUCAAUGCGGCGGCGGCCAUCCAUGCGGCCGAGCACGCGCUGCUGAGCCUGACGCCCAUGUUUGUCGUCUCGAUGGCGGGCGACGUCAAGACCGAGUGCAAGAUCGCGGAAAAAGAGUACGCCGCGCGGCCGAGCUCGCGCAAGCGGCCCGCCCGCCUCAUCUUCUACGACACGCCCGGCCAGAAUGGCGGCGUUUGCGCCAAGGCCUUUAGUCACCUCGACGGGCUGCUGCGGAUCGCAAUCAGCGUCAUUGAGGCGUGCGGAUGCGCCGAGGGCUGUCCGUCGUGCGUGACGAGCCAGACGUGCGCGCAUGCCAACUUGGUGACGAGCAAGGUGGGCGCCCUCGCCGUGCUGCGCGGCAUCGCCGGGCGGGAGCUCUUUGAUCCGGACCUCGAGGUGCAGAAUGAGCCGGGUCUCGCGUCGGUCUCGACGCAGCAGCAGCAGCAGCAGCAGCGACAGCAGCAUCGCAGAGAGGGCCUGGACGGCGUCGGGUCGGGAGAGGGGGCAGGGAUCGGCGACGCCAUGCCUCCAAGCACGAUCAAGGAGGCCGUGCCCGUCAGGGCGGCGAGGGAGCUGGGCGACAUUGUCGUCGAGGAAGUCGACGAGGUGCUGCCGCCGAGUCUGCAGGCCUUGGCCGACGCCGCUACCGCCGCCGCCGCUGCAACCGCUGCUGGAGGCGCAGGAGGGGGUCCGAUGGUGGGACCCAGCGGUGCGGCAGGCACGGGACCGGGCGGCGGCUUCCUGCCAGGCAAAUCGAUGCUGUACCGCGAGUAG